AUGUCGUGGCUAACGUCGUGGUUCUCUUCCCCUAAAGUUGGGCCCACGUCUUCCGACACUGGACCUACGACAAAUGUGCCGCAGUCUCGCCUGCUUGAAGAACCUCCUGCCAAAGCUCUCGAAGCACGUCCUGCGUCUGGAACCGAACAGAAAUUAGAAGAUGCUCCAGUCUCAAAUAACCUUCGAUCCCCCUCCUCCACCUCCCAAGUCAUCAACCCCAAUCGAAACAAGAUCAUCUUCGGCGCCGGCCUCGCCUUUUUCGGUUUCUCCCUGCUCAUCACCAAACGUGCAUUUGCCCGCAAAAGGCUAGCAAAUCCCGCAUUUUACGCCAACGGACCCGAAGUCCAGGCAGAACAAGCAAAGAAGGUCAGCGGACCCAUGGAGGCGCUGGAGGCGCUCAACAUUGCAACCAUCAACGUGUUGAGUGUGGCUAUGAUGGCCACCGGUGGAAUGAUGUGGGCAUUCGACAUCAACUCCAUGUCUGACGCUCGAAGAGUGUUGAGGGGCGGUCUCGGCGUGGAUGGCACUGGCAAGUCUGAGAAAGACGCCGAGGAAGAUUUCGAGGAGUGGAUGGCGACAGUUCUGGCCAGAAAGGAGGCCAAGGGCGAGAAGCCUGUACAAGUCAACGAGAGGGGUCGGGAGAGGUAG